AUGUUCGGCAUUCUGGAGGCCGUGUCGGUGCCCCAUUCGGGCAUCUUCAACAGCUAUGAAGAUCUCUUCAAGGAACUCAGUGACCGCAUGGAAAAGGAUGGCUACAAGAUCGUCAAGGCGAGAUCUCAUCGCGGCAAGGUGGGCGGUGCCGACGUCCCAGGGAACGACAUUGUCCGAUGCGAUCUGGUGUGCGAUCGAGGCGGCCGGCCCUACCGAUGCAUGGCGACAAAGCACAAGACGACAACCAAGAAGACGGAUUGCCCAUGGAAGGCAAAGGCUGUUCAUCGUAAAACCAUGGGAGGAUGGGUCUUGACCAUCACCUGCGAUCAGCACAACCACGAACCCGGCACGCCCGAACCCCCGACCCCCGAGCCCGCGAGCGAAGACGAGACCAAUAUUGUUGAGGACCUGGAAGGUGAGCAGAAUAUGGAUUCAGGUGUGACGCCGCUUCUGACAGAAUGGCCAGAUGACGGUCCUCAACCUGAUGCCGAGACUCAGGCGGCGAUCCAUGUCGCAGGCGUCUCCAACGCUGUCCUCCGCCUGACGGGCGACACCUUCCAUCAGUUCAAGAGCGAAUAUCGCAAAAUGUCACAGCCAGAGCGCAUCGGCAUCUUGUCGCAGCUCCAGCUUCGCAUCGCCGCCAUCUAUGCGGUCCAAAACGAGGAUGUUCAGCGGCAAAAGAGACAAGAAGCCCAAGAUAAGCGACAUCGUCAGAUCGAGGAAACAAAAAGACAAUCCUCGGCGCAGAAGCAGCGAGCUCGACAGCGGCGUCAAGUAGCCGAGCAGACUCAGCAGCAGCAGCCCCCGCCUCAGAUGCAUCCCCAACAUGUUCAGCAACAGCCGUUGCCGCAACAAACGUCGCAGGCUCAAGUUCAAGCCCAGCAAGCACAACAGGCCCAGCAGGCAGCCCAAGCGCAGGCGCAGGCUCAAGCCAUGAUGCAAUCGCAGCUGUAUCUGCCGCAAAACCCACAGCAGACUCCCAUUCCCGUACCUGGAAUGGAUAUGCCGCAGUUCCAGCAUUACGCUGGGCCUCCUAAGCGGAUGCGUGGGCGGCCAUCACAGGGCGGGCAACAAACCUAA